AUGUCCCGGGACAUCGAAAAGACCGACACCAGAGAGCAGCUUGAAGAUCUGUCUGCCCUCAAACAUGUCGAUACCGUCCAUGAUGACCAAGCGCUCAAGAUCAUCGCCGCAUAUCAGGGUGCGGACGCUGAAUGGACACCCGAGGAGGAGCAGAAGCUAGUCAGAAAGAUCGACUUCAAGCUAGUCCCACUCAUGUUCAUUACCUACGGGCUGAUAUACUACGACAAGUCUAUGCUUUCAUCAGCAGCGCUGUUUGGUCUCCGCAAGGAUCUCGCACUCACUGGCAAUCGCUAUAGCAUGUCUUCCUCCAUCUUCUAUCUGGGGGCUAUAGCUGGUGCUUUGCCUGCUGCACUUCUCGCUCAGCGCUUCCCGGUAGAGCGCGUGGCAGCUGGACUCAUCUGCCUGUGGGGCCUCAACAUUAUCUUGACCAUCGAGUGCACCGACUUCAAAACACUCUACGUCAAUCGCUUCUUUCUCGGCUUUCUUGAGGCGGGGUUGUCACCAAUGCUGAUGAUCAUUGUGGCCAGCUUCUACAAGAAGACAGAGCAGCCCUUGAGACUCGGCUCGUGGUGGUCUGCAGCUGGCUUCAUUUCCAUGUUCGCUCCGCUCGUCAAUUACGGAUUUGGUCAUGUCAAAGCCGCACUCAGCCCUUGGAAGUACAUGUACAUUUUUGCUGGCUCUCUGACCGUUGUUUGGGGCAUCGUUAUCCUCCUGUUCCUUCCCCCGGAGCCUAUCCACGCCAAGGGGUUCACUGAGCGUGAGCGGUACAUUGCAGUGGCCAGACUACGUGUCAACAACGCCGGCAUUCGCAAUAGCCACCUCAAGCCGGCGCAGGUCUUGGAGGCGUUGACGGACAUCAAAUUCUGGCUCGUGUUCUUUUGCGCAUUUUGCAUCAUGAUUGCGAACGGCCCCCUCUCAACUUACCUCCCAAUUAUCAUCGCCGGAUUUGGUUACUCACCGCUCAACUCUCUUUUGUUGACGAUGCCUGCUGGUUUUGUAGCUGGCACAUGCACUCUCCUUUCGACGUACCUGGCAGGCAAGCUCAGUCGUCGUGGUGGCCGGUCCUACGUCGUUGUCUUGUUCCAGUUCCUAGUUAUUCUGGGCGCCCUCCUCAUGUGGCGACUGCCGCACAGCAACAAGGCCGGUGGCCUUGCUGGACUCUACUUGCUGGCCUCUUUUGCAGCCCCGUAUGGUGUCAUCAUGUCACUGCAAGCUGCCAAUACUGCUGGGUACACGAAGAAAACCGUCACAUCCUCAGGUCUCUUUAUGGGCUAUUGUUUGGGUAACUUUGCUGGGCCUCUGCUCUUCCGUCCACAAGAUGCACCCCAGUACGAGCCCGGCUGGCAAGCCGUGGUCAUCACUGCCUUCAUCGCUCUUGGGCUUAUUGUGGCGUAUCGCUUUGUAUGCGUGCUGUACAACAAGAAGCGCAAUGAAGCUGGCAUUGCCGAGGGUGUUGACCAUGCCUUUGAGGAUGACCUCACAGACUUGAAGGUAACGUCUUGUCCGAAUUCCACCAGCUACAGUGCAGCUGCUGACAAUAGUUUUCGCAGAACAAGCAGUUCCGCUACCAGAUCUAAAUGA